CCGACUGAACCUCGCAGGCAGGAAACGCUCCGCGGCGGCCCGGAGGAGCACAGAGCAACGCAGACCGACGAAGGCGGCGACCACCACCAAACCCCCUCCUCCACCAGCUCCGCCACCGAUCGGGACAUAUCAGCAGUCUUCUCCUCCAGCCACUCGGAGCCGAUUUCCCUUUAAAACGCCGAUAACCAGGCGAACAACCUCACAUUUAUUCCCCACGCCCCGCCGCUAAAUGAUCCACACGAUGGAGGGCCAGCUUGAUAACCUGAAGCCCAGAAAGAGGAAGAACAACUCUGAGGCCAGAAGUUCCAGAAAGGUUUCUGCUGCGGGGCGCUGCGUGAGGAGUCCGAAGAGGCAAUCCGACGCCGAGAGCUCCUCGGCGGCAGACUGCUGCCGGAGGCCGGCCGACCCUCUGGAGAGGAUCUCCCGGAUCAGCUGCGAGUGCCACCUGUCCGCCGGGAGGAGGAGGUGCUCGGCGUCGCCCGAGCUGGCGGGCUGCGACGGGAAGGAGAACGAGCUGCGGACGGGCCAGGAUGGAGACAGAGACAACAGCAUCGGGGACAAACGGGAGUCCGAGCGCAGGGAUUAUGAAGAAAGAGGGAAGAUGGUCUUCUUCCCGGAUGACGACAGUAAUGAGAUCCUUCCAGUGGAGCAGUUCUUUGGAAACCUGGACACUGUGCAGGACUUUCCUCAAAGAUCGGUGGCGGCGGCGGCGUCUCCCCGCAGCCACCGGGAGCACAGGAGGCGCCAUUACUACGCCCCGGAGGACAGCGACGACGAGGAGGCGUGCUGGGGCGACGUAGCGGCCACUUAGAGGAGAGCCGGACUCAAACUGACAUCUGAACAACACGUUCAAGACUUUGCAUUCGGCCGUCGGCUGAAACGACCCCCCCCCCCCCCCCCAUGAGUGGAGGCGACGGACGUCGGCCGCUUUGUGGGCGCCUCCAGAACGGCCUUGCAGACAAAGCCAGCCUAAGGUGGGAGUAACUUCCCAUCAGCCACAACUGAGAAACUCCAGCGUCACAGAAACCGUCCGAGGUGAUCACUUUCCAUCCGACGAGGACCAAGAAGAUGCACAACAAUGCCAAAUAGCUUCCUUCCUCCGCCACCGCAACAGUGGAUGCCAUGACUGAAGUUUGUUUUUUGUUUUUAAAAUACGGCCUCCUUUGGGCGCACGCUGAAGCGUUACUUCAAUUAUUUAUUACUCAGUAUGUUCUCACAUGGUAUAAGUGGUCUUAGCUUGAGGGUGUAAAAAAAACAAACCAACAGCACUUUAAACCAAUCUGUCCGUUUUAAAGAAAAAGCUUCGAGGGGCAGCUUUGCAGAUUGAGAUUCGCCACGUGAGAUGCCAAAGAGUGCUGGAUCAGAGUUACUACCUAUACAAGCGCUAAUCUCCCACCACAGAUCUAUAGAGGCCACAGUUUGUGAAAACAAAGCGACAUGUUCAUAGACAGGGCGGCGUCGGUUUAGAAGGAUGGAGCUCACGCCAAAGAGCGGUUCGGAACACAUUUUAUUGUCAAAUCGAGAAUGUCACAUCAGCAGUUUUCUGCAUGGGAGUCAUAUUUCACCAAGUGUCUCAACACAUCUCUGUGUCUUCAGGGUUAUUUCUGCAACAAAUAUGUACAAGACAGACGGCGUAUAAAAACAGGCGAUGCAUCUCGUCAGUGAAGGAGCUGCAGAGUGGCGAGCAAGAGAUUCUGAGUUCUUGACCCAGCAGCUUCCGAUGCAGUUCGGAUUGGCUCUAACAGCAGAUUAAUACCGCGAUCAGACCUGAGACUGGAGUUCCAUCCUCUCACACAGCCUGUGGAUUUCUUUCUGGCAGCUUUCAUACAAAUACU